AUGUUUGAUGAGUAUAAAGAUAAUAUUGAUCAAUCAUUGUCAGAGAAUCAACUUGAAUUAAUGUCAGGGCAACCUAUUAUCACUGAAGAUGGGCAAUUAUUUCUUAAUGAAAUACAUAAUUGCUUGCAAGAAUUGAUUUCUACAAAUGAUGUCAAUAAAAUCAAUGUUAUUGCAACAUUGUUUGAAGAAUAUAAUGGUGAUAAAAGCGUAAUUUUUCAAGAUUGCCAAUUACAAAAUACUUUUGAAGAGUAUUUGCAGAAUAUAUCAGAUGAUUUCGAGAAAUUAAAGUAUCUAUAUGACGUGUUGAUUGAUGUUUUGACACAUAACCCAGAAUUUCGAGAAUUAUUUCUAGAAACAAGCUUAUUUCCGAUGUCAUUACAGUUAGCAACAAACGAGGACGACACGCUUGCUUCAUACGCCAUAAUGAUUAUUGAACCUCUCCUUAAUUCAAUGAAAUCCAAUCAAAUUUUGGAAUAUCUCGAAGAUAUCUACGGAGCAAUUAAAAUUUCAUGGAAUAUUAAUGCUGGCACAAGAGAAUCUGUCAGCAAAAUUUUACUAAUUUUAAAUAAUACUUUGGGACAAAACGAUUUACACGAUUUAUCAAUCAGGCGUGCUUGCAAACUCCUUAAUAACGAUAACUCUUUCGAUGUGUUCCUGAAUUGCAUCAAAUUACUCACUAAAAAGAUAAAAAUACAAAAAGAUUUACAUCAUAAAAUUAUAGACAGCGAUAUUCCGAAGAUUGUCAAACACCAGCUUCGUAGAUUCUUAAAUAAGCCAUCAGAUUUCGAAGGAAACGCGAAAAAUGACUUAAUGAUUUCAAUUUUAGACUUUGCAUUGAUUUCAAAUGAACUUGCAGCCCCUUUUACUGUUAUAGAGCUUUCCUAUUCCUUUAUAAAGUACUGUAUGAAAGAAUUAGAUUUUAAUGUUGUCCAAAAAGCCUUGGAUUACUUGACAUUCCUUAUUUAUCAAGAGGAUGAGAAAUUAUGUACGAAAGUCCUCCAAGAUAAUGUUAUUCAAGAACUUUUUGACUAUAUUUUGUCUGAAUCUUUCAAGUUGAAGAUUUCUGCAUUGAAACUUGUUCAUAGUAUUCUUAAGAUCAAUAUUUCGAGAAAAAUUUACGAUUUAUUGAUUCAAAAAGAAUUUAUUCAGAAUCAAUCAGAAAUUCUUGAAGAUGAAACCGAUGAGAAGUCUGUUUUGCUAUUCUUGGAAUGUAUUUAUAUGAUGCUUCAAGCAGGAAGGAAUUUUAAUGAUGAAGAAUCAAUUCCUUUCGCUUUAGAAGAAUGUGGAGCCAUGGAUUACUUAAUGGACUUGACAGAUCAUGACAACGAUGAUGUUGCAGAACAUUCCGCUGAACUUCUUGAUAUCUUUGAACAAAUCAAUGGAAAUCAAGAAUGA